AUGACGGCCUCUGCGGAUGUGCAGGCUGUUCUGGCUGCCAUCGAUGUGUUUAGUCGCGCGCCGGACAAAGUUUCGCUCGAUCAGGCCAACAACUGGCUUCAAGAUUUCCAGCACUCACCUGAUGCUUGGGCGACAUGCAAUGUCCUCCUGCGUACCCCAGAAAUACCCGCCGCAGCAAAACUAUUUGCCGCUCAGACUUUUCGCGCCAAAGUAACUUAUGAUCUCAGUCAAGUCGAUCCAGCGAAUUUGCCUGGUUUCAGAGAUAGCCUGGUGACCGCACUCGAGCAGCAUCACACUGGACCACGCACCAUCAUCGUCCAGCUUUGUCUGGCGAUUGCCGGGCUGGCGCUCCAGUUCCCCGCCUGGUCGCCAGACGCCGUCUCUUUUAUGAUCACUCACUUUGGGAGAAAUCCUGCCAGUGUGCCAGUAUUGCUGCAGUUCCUCGCGCUGCUUCCUGAAGAAAUCAACAACAACCACAGAAUACCAAUAACCGACGAUGAAUAUAUGGAGAGAGUGAACCAACUUCUCACUUACAAUGCGGAGCAAGUGUUGGAUCUGCUUGUCAUGUAUUUGCAGGCGCCAGGAGUCACGGUGACGGUCCAAGAGCAAGUUUUCCGCUGCCUUCGGAACUGGCUCGUCGCUGGAGAAGUCAAAAUCGCAAACUUGUCCAGUUCGCCCUUGUUUGCGUUCACAUUCGAGGCCCUGGCCUCGGAACAGCUUUUCGAUUCGGCGGUGGAUGUCAUUUGCGAGCUGAUCCACGAGACACAAGAAAUCGACGACAACAUGGCUGCCAUUGAGCUCAUCGUGACGCGCCUGAUUGCGCUCAAGCCUCAGCUUACUCAGCAACGAGAAGAUCCCGACAAAAUCAGAGGUUAUGCACGUAUUUUCAGCGAGGCUGGUGACGCAUAUCGGAGUUUGAUUAUCCAGCAUCCCGAGACUUUCUUUCCCAUUGUGGACGCGAUUGGAGAAUGCUCUGCAUACCCAGAUCUCGACAUCGUUCCUAUCACCUUCCCAUUCUGGAUGCGUUUUGCACAGGUUAUUGGAAAGCGGUCCUCCGUAUCCCCACUCUUCCUCGACGCGUAUCGCGCUCUGAUGGCGGUUAUUAUCAACCAUCUCCACUUCCCGCCGGAUAGUGCUCCGUUGGCUGGCCAGGAAGCGGAGGACUUCCGCUCGUUCAGGCAUAUCAUGGGCGACACGCUCAAAGACUGUUGUUUGGUUCUCAAAACCAACUCGUGUCUGCUUACAGCGUACCAAAUGAUUACUGCCGCUCUGUCGCGCAGCCCAGAGGCGGUCUCCUGGCAGGACAUUGAAGCGCCGCUUUUCGCCAUGCGGUCUAUGGGCGCGGAAAUCGAUGUCAUGGACGACGAGGCGGUCCCCAAAAUUAUCAACCUGAUCCCCUCCCUCCCCAAUCACCCGCGGGUUCGUUAUGCUGCCCUUCUCAUCAUUGCGCGCUACACCGAAUGGAUCAAUCGGCAUCCAGAGUAUAUUAGUGUUCAGCUGCAGUACGUCUCUGCAGGCUUUGAAGACGCCGACUCCGUGGUGGCUGGUGCCGCAGGGCAGGCGUUGAAAUAUCUCUGUCAGGAUUGUAAAGAGCACCUCGUCGAUUUCCUGCCCCAGCUGCACACGUUCCUCAGCUCGACGGGCUCUAAACUUUUGCAAGACGAUAGACAGCAGGUGUAUGAGGCGAUUGCUCAUGUCAUCUCCGCGAUGCCGAUGACGAGAGCCGCCGAAUCUCUGCGGACGUUCUCUGUCGAUAUACUGGCUCAAAUCCACGCCGUAACACUCAAACCGACGCCGGCAACAAAAGAAGAGCUCCAAAGCACGAGUGAUGCACUGGAAAAUCUGGAAGUGAUGCUGCGGAUUAUCCAAGGGUUUGGCGAGGACCUGCCUGCAACGUGCCAGACGAGCUGCAAAGAGGCGUGGACGGUUUUGGACGCGUUCUUGGCCAAAUACGGCAACGACUACGAGUCGUCGGAGCGGACGACCCGCGUGAUCCGCCACGGGAUUACGCUGUUUGGGGACACUGCGCUGCCGAUUGUGUCGUCUGUGAUCGCGAGGAUGUCGUUCUCGUUUGAGGCGACGGGGUACCCUAGCUACCUGUGGAUUGCGGGCAAGAUGAUUGACAGAUACGGGAACGAGGAGAAUGCGGACCUUCGGGGGUCGAUCCGGGAGGUGUACGAGCGGUCGACCAACACGGUUGUGUCGCUUUUGCAGGCAAAGUCGGCGAAUGACAUUCCGGAUGUGAUGGAAGACUACCUCCGGAUGCUGAAUGCUCUGGUUCCAGUUGCGCCAGACAUCUUCUUCGAGUCUUCAGCAUUUCCCCUGGUGUUCAAGGCCGCGAUGGAGGCCCUUACGCUUGUCCACAGCGACAUCAUCUUUGCCGCGCUGGACUUGUUCGUGCUUAUCCUGACACACGACUGUCUGAACCCGACUGUGUCGUCUCCGAAAUUCGCGGUCUACGCGGCGGCUGUGCAGGGCGUGAUCGCGAAGGACGGGCUGGGGUUCCUGACGUAUCUGGUGUCGGGGCUGGUGGGGGAGUUCCCGGGGGACUCGCUGUCGCUGGUGGUGUCGAUCCUGCGGGCGGUGGCGGUGCUAUGGGGGCAGCAGCUGGUGGCGUGGUUGCCGGCGGUGGUGCAGCAGCUUCCCACGGCGGCGGCACCGCAGACGGCCAAGGCGCAGUUCAUUGUGGAUGUGAACAAAGCUAUCAGUGACAAAGAGCCGGACAAGGUGAAGUAUGCGCUGCUGGGGCUGCACCGGGCGUCGAAAAAGGCGCGGGAGCGGAGACGGGGCGGGGCGCUGGAGCAGUAG